CAAAAAAGUACUGCGGUAUGUGCCAUUUUUAGCAGCAUAAGGCGCGUCGAGCAGCGCGGAAAUUGCCCGCAAAGGCGCUCCUGCGCGGCAUUCACGCCUCUGACCAUCACCGCACACGUUCGGCCAGCUUUAAUCGCUGCAUUCGCAUCACUGCGGUCGAGGUGCGGCCUCAGCUUUGGUGCGCAGCUUAGCGGCGCGCGCGCAAAACGCCGUCGAGAGGCGUCGCCGGAGGAGACACACAAACGAAAAAGAAUAAUGGAAGACGACCUCUACGGCGACCUCGACGCCGGCGUCGCGUCGGCCGAGGUCGCCCGGCUGCGCGCCGACCUCUCGCGCGCCGAGGCGUCGGCC